GGGCGUGGGCCGGGGGCGGGGCGAGCCCCGCAGACUGGGUACUCCCGAGAGCUGUCAGUGUCAGGCUCCCGGAAAGAGAGGAUGUGCUGGCUCCCAGAGGAGCUCAAGCCGAGCGGCGGGCGCAGCGUGAGACAGCACAUCCUGCGCGCGCCGCACCCGCCACCCUCGGGAGCCGCUCGAGCGCCGCCGCCGCCCAGGAGCCGCCACCGCGCUCGGGGAGACUAGUGCCACCACGAAGCGUGUCCAGGUAAACAAGAGGAAACCAACAUGUCUGACAAAAGUGACUUAAAAGCUGAGCUGGAGCGCAAAAAACAGCGCUUAGCACAGAUACGGGAAGAGAAGAAACGGAAGGAAGAAGAGAGGAAAAAGAAAGAGGCUGAUCUGCAGCAGAAGAAGGAGCCCGCGCAGGACGACUCGGACCUGGACCGCAAGCGCCGGGAGACGGAGGCUUUGCUGCAGAGCAUCGGCAUAUCCCCGGAGCCCCCUCUAGUGCAGCCGCUGCAUUUUUUAACAUGGGAUACCUGUUAUUUUCAUUAUUUAGUCCCAACCCCUAUGUCUCCCUCCUCGAAAUCAGUGAGCACUCCCAGUGAAGCUGGAAGCCAAGACUCAGGCGACCUGGGACCAUUGACAAGGACCCUGCAGUGGGACACAGACCCCUCAGUGCUCCAGCUGCAGUCAGACUCAGAACUUGGACGAAGACUGCAUAAGCUGGGAGUGUCGAAGGUCACCCAAGUGGAUUUCCUGCCCAGGGAAGUGGUGUCCUACUCCAAGGAAACCCAGACUCCUCUGGCUACACAUCAGUCCGAAGAGGAUGAAGAAGAUGAGGAAAUGGUGGAACCUAAAAUUGGCCAUGAUUCAGAACUGGAAAAUCAAGACAAAAAACAGGAAGUGAAGGAAGCCCCUCCCAGGGAGCUGACAGAGGAAGAGAAGCAGCAGAUCCUUCAUUCAGAGGAAUUUCUCAUCUUUUUUGAUCGGACCGUCCGGGUCAUUGAAAGAGCACUGGCGGAAGACUCCGACAUCUUCUUCGACUACAGCGGCCGGGAGUUAGAGGAGAAAGAUGGGGAUGUCCAGGCUGGAGCCAACCUUUCUUUCAAUCGUCAGUUCUAUGAUGAGCGUUGGUCCAAGCACCGAGUGGUCACUUGUAUGGACUGGUCUCUCCAGUACCCGGAGCUGAUGGUCGCUUCCUACAACAACAAUGAAGAUGCUCCUCAUGAACCGGAUGGAGUGGCCUUGGUUUGGAACAUGAAGUUCAAGAAGACCACACCAGAAUACGUCUUCCACUGUCAGUCCUCUGUGAUGUCCGUGUGCUUUGCUCGUUUCCACCCCAACCUGGUGGUUGGAGGGACCUACUCGGGCCAGAUUGUCCUGUGGGAUAAUCGCAGUCAUCGAAGGACUCCAGUGCAGCGGACACCCUUGUCAGCGGCUGCGCACACCCAUCCCGUGUACUGUGUAAAUGUUGUUGGGACCCAGAAUGCUCAUAACCUCAUCACUGUCUCUACUGAUGGUAAAAUGUGUUCCUGGAGCCUGGACAUGCUCUCAACUCCACAGGAGAGCAUGGAGCUGGUGUACAAUAAGUCCAAGCCUGUGGCUGUUACUGGAAUGGCUUUCCCGACGGGAGACGUCAAUAACUUCGUGGUUGGCAGUGAGGAGGGUACGGUCUACACGGCCUGUCGUCAUGGAAGCAAAGCCGGUAUCGGCGAGGUCUUCGAAGGCCACCAAGGGCCGGUCACGGGGAUUAACUGCCACAUGGCAGUGGGCCCUAUCGACUUCUCCCACCUGUUUGUCACGUCGUCCUUUGACUGGACCGUCAAACUGUGGACCACAAAGCACAACAAGCCGCUCUACUCCUUUGAAGACAAUGCCGACUAUGUGUACGAUGUCAUGUGGUCCCCAGUGCAUCCCGCGCUCUUUGCCUGCGUGGACGGGAUGGGGCGCUUGGACCUCUGGAACCUCAACAAUGACACUGAGGUUCCAACAGCAAGCGUGGCCAUCGAGGGGGCCUCUGCCCUGAAUCGUGUUCGCUGGGCUCAAGCUGGCAAAGAAGUGGCUGUUGGGGACUCAGAAGGCCGUAUUUGGAUCUACGAUGUUGGAGAGCUUGCAGUGCCCCACAAUGAUGAAUGGACCCGAUUUGCCAGGACCCUCGUGGAGAUCCGUGCGAACAGAGCUGACAGCGAGGAGGAAAGCACCGUGGAGCUGUCUGCCUAGUGGAAGUGAGCCAGCCACCCCUCCCCAGCCCAUCUUCACCUUCUAGAGCUCCACGUACACAGCCAUCGCUUCCACUGUGUGCAUUCGGUGUCAGUAUUGCCGUGACAUUUUGGGUGCCAUAUUGUGCCGGCUUUGCUCCAAGUGUUCCAAAUGUACCUUACUCUGCUCUCCACUAACCUGAAAUUCACCAGACCAUUUCUAUCUUUAUAUUUCUGUCUUAAAAAUAAGGGUGGGAGGGAACCUGUAUGGGUUUCGUUGUUGCCUUUUAACUACUUAGUAGCUGUAUUUAAUAGCUGGAAACCUCUGGUUAAAUUUGUGCUUACAUGCACUUCUGGCAUAGUCCUAUUAAAUCCAUAUGAAGCCAGAUAUGAUUAGGUGCAGAUGUGGUGGGCUUCACGCUGUGGUGCAGGGCCAAAGACUCGAGAUGGGGUGUUUCACAUGGUGACUCACAUUAUGAAUGGAUUUACUAGAAGAACAUUGCUGCUCCUUAUUUAUUGUGGUGUGCUGCAUGGAACAUAUUUAUUUGAAAGCAUUAAAAUAAACGAUCCUAGAGCAUGUGCGUAAUGAGAGGACUGUAUUGUCUCUGCUGCUGUUGAGGUUCCAUUAAGUCCCAAAUCACAAUUACGGUACACCGCUUCCACGGAGGACCUGACGUCUUUAGAGGUUUGCUGCGGUGAACAAAAUGAAUUUUCAUGCCUAUUAUUUCUAGGUACUUUAACAAUAUUUCAAAUAUUGUUGACCAUUGAUACCUUUCAUUCAAGCUAAUCUAGUCUGACAAAAGGCUGUGGUUCCUGAACAUGACACCAGUGUUGCCAAUAAAACGUUCCAAACCAGGCCCGCGCCAGCACGGGGAAGCCCUGCACCUGGGGAAAGGCCUGACUGGAACUCUGCCGUGAAGAGGGAGUGAGAGCAGGGCGCUGGGGCCACGUGAGAGGCUGAUAAUGAAUUACUGGCAGCCAACCCGGCUGGACCGACACCAGGACUGGCUGGACUUUUAUGAGGAAAUGUGUGUGGUUUGUUGGAAAGCUCUCCCUUAUCUCUUUCGCCAGAGUGACUCUGCCCCAAAACUCUCUUACAUGUUGGAGUAAGAAAAACAGGUUAAGAUGCACAAGUACCAAAUGUUCUACACAUUUCAUUUUAUUCACACUGAAAAAAAUGUUUAUUACUGUUGGACGAGGAAGUAUGUCUAUAAACAACUUUAAUGAAAAUUUUUUUCAAAAAGUCAUUUUAUGCCUCAAGAGAAU